AUGCGUGCGCGAUAUCUGACCGUAUCUCACGAGCUGCAGCAAGGUCGGCGCAAGCCUGCUAGCCGCUACGAGCAACAUCGCCGGAGCAAGCCGGUGCUGGAGGCGCUACGGGACGGGGCGGCAGACAAGAAGAGGAUCGAGCAUUCGCUGCAAGAGACGUUCAGCUGUCAGCAGCCGUCGUACAUUAAGGACCUGUUCAACCUAACCCUUCUGUCAGGGUUUACUGACAAGCAGUUGAUGCAGCAGCUGGUGCACACAAUCUGGAGUGCUAUCGAGAAGCACUAUGACCUCAACGUCGCGUCCGGUGAGCUAGAGUUGGUGCAGAAAUUUGAGAAAAUCGCUGCCUCUGAUUUCACGAGUGUAUCGCACCUAUUCCGACAGAUCAAGGCUGCAAGAGACCAGGUUAACCGGAACAGCGUGGAUGUGCUAGAGAUCGGCCUGAUUUUGCAGCAGCUGAUGCUGAUCAACGUACUGGCGGUACCGCCGGGACAACUGUGGGGAAUGGGUGUGUCGUUCACGAAAAACGACUCUACGCUGGACAAAGUCGAGUCCAAGCUGAAUGCAAUUUUCGGGAACAAGACCAAGGCUCAGAUCACGGCUUUGGUCAAGGCAGCCAAGUCAUCGCAAGCGACAGGAACGGCUCUAGGCAAAAGAAAGGCUAGGACGGACCCGGAGCGAGACAUGCACUACAAUCUGAGUGACAGAUCGCGCUGCUAUUGCGGCGCCAUGCUCGACGCACAAGCGGACGAAUCAGCGAUCGAUGUCGGCGUCAACGAUGGACGCAUCUACGAAGUUAAAAGAGAAGAAGAGGCAGUGUCGCCUGAUGAACAGCAGAUUGUUGAGGAGAUAAGUCUCCAGAAGAUGCGCCUGGAGGACUUGGUACCGAUGUUGUAUCUUUCCCUGCUAGAUGAGGGAACGUUUCUAGCCAGUGAAUCAUGGGUGCUGGAUUCUUGA